AUGGCCUCCUAUCCACCAGGAUCAUGCUGUUACAAGGGUGUCAAGCAUGAAGGCACUCCAACAGGAGAGAUCUCCACACUGGGUGACUUUGAGAUCUAUGUCAAGUACCCGGAAGACAAAUCCACCGACUAUGGCGUCCUCAUCAUCACGGACGUCAUUGGCCAUCGCUUCGUCAACGCCCAACUCAUCGCCGACCAAUUCGCCGCUAACGGCUACUUCGUGAUGAUGCCAGACCUCUUCUACGGUGACCCCAUCCCCCUCAACCGGCUCGGCGGCGACUUCGACAUCAUGCAGUGGGUCCAAGGCAAGUAUAACGAGAAGGGAAUAUCCCAUCUCCCUCCCGUCGUUGAUCCUAUCAUCGACUCCUGCCUCGUCGAGAUGCGCACCAAGUACAAGUGCAAGAAAAUCGGCGCCGUCGGUUACUGCUUCGGUGGUAAAUACGUGGUCCGACACCUGCGACCCGACGCCGGCAAAGUGGACGCCGGAUACACAGCACACCCUUCUUUCGUCGAAGCCGACGAGCUCAAGGACAUCAAAGGCCCGCUUGCCAUCGCUGCCGCAGAAACCGAUAGUAUUUUCCCCACUGAGAAACGUCAUGAGACCGAAGCCAUCCUCAAGGACUUGGGCUUCCCCUAUCAGAUCAACUUGUACUCCGGCGUCGAGCAUGGCUUCGCAGUCCGCGCCGACCCCAGCAAACGCGUCACUAUGUACGCCAGGGAGAAUGCCUUUUUGCAGGCUGUCCAGUGGUUCGAGGAGCAUUUGAAGUCCAAGUAA